GAAUCCUCAGAACUCAGAAGCUUAGAUCAAACACUCUCUUUCGACGACGGCGAUGAAAGUAGCGGAGAAGAUUGUUCUCCUCUGGAAGGACUCCGAUGGAUUCGCGGCGACCAUCGCCGAUGCUUUGAACCCUAAUCCAACCUCCUCUCUUCGUAAACUGGAAGAGCAGAUCCAGCUUCCGUUGGUUAAUUACGGCGUCGAAGACGGCGGGAGCGUCGUUCACUUCGUAGAUGAAGACGGAGCUUACCAGGUCUCUGUUUUUCUGUUGCGAAGCUAUGAACCUCCUGCACUAGUGUGUGCAAUGAACGAACUGCUUGACAUGAUUACAAGGGAAGCAGCAUCGACUAUUGUGGCUCCUUUCUUUGUGCCGGCAUCUAAGCUUAAGUUCAAUAACAAGUCCCUUGAAGCAAGCAGCAGAAAAGUAGCUAGUCUUCGUUACUUUCAUGUUGGUCCAGAAACAGAGGCCGCCAGGCUGUUUGCUACUCGCGUGGAGAAACCGCCGCCGUUGAUGCAGAUCCAUCAUGAGCCUUUGUCGUGCUUGCUUCAUCUAGCUCGUGUCAAAUGCUUGCCUACAUCUAUUCUCAUAGGGCAGAGAAGUAGUGGCGUAUCUCAUAAAGCACUAAACGAAGAGCUUCAGGUGAUCCAUGAAACAGGGGAGCUUGUGGCUAGUUGGACCGGAUUGACUUUUGAAAGAGACGGGAUCAAGUGGAACGCAUCAAAGACAUCAAAAGAAGAAGAAAGUCCAUGGCGAGCUCUUUACGGUUAAUCUUCUCAGGUCAGGUCUUUUUUUCUCAUGGCCCAACACUGUUGCUAUAGUAUGGGCUUGGAUCUUUGCACGUUAUUUCCCAUAUUGUUGUAGCUCUUUGUUAAGACUUUUUUGCUCAGCUGAAUCAAAAAAACAUGUCACUA